AUGGAGAACAGCAGCGGCCGGGAGGUGCUUCCGAACGGAGGAGGAGCCGGGGGGAUGGGCAACGGCGCGGCGAACGGGAGGGCGGUGCAGGCGCUGCAGCGGAGCUUCGCCGAGGUGCAGGCGAUCCUGGAGAAGAACCGGAUUCUGAUCCAGGAGAUCACCCAGAACCAGGAGUCGCUCGAGGCCGGUGGCCUCAGCCGCAACGUCGCCCUCAUCCGCGAGCUCAACAGCAACAUAGCCCGCGUCGUCGACCUCUACAACGCCCUCUCCUGCUCCUUCUCCAGCUCCCUCACCAACGGCUCCGCCCCCGCUGCCUCCGACGCCUCCAAGGGGGCCUACAAGAGGCCGCGCCCUGCCCAGUAG